AUGUCUUCCAUUAAGACUGAGCGUGUUUUGCGGGAGAACUGCCGGUGUGGGGAGUCUCCGGUGUGGGAGAAGGCGUCCAACUCGCUGCUCUUUGUAGAUACUCCUGCAAAAAAGGUUUGCCGUUGGGAUUCGCUCAGCAAGCGCGUGCAGCAAGUGACUGUGGAUGCCCCCGUCAGCUCUGUGGCCCUUUGCCAAGGAGGAGGCUCUGUCGCCACCAUUGGAACAAAGUUCUGUGCUUUGAACUGGGAAGAUCAGUCAGCAGUAGCCCUGGCCACAGUAGAUAAAGACAAGAAAAACAAUCGGUUCAAUGAUGGGAAGGUGGGUCCCUCUGGGAGUUGCUUUGCUGGCACCAUGGCCGAGGAGACAGCCCCCGCGGUUCCGGAGCGGCACCAGGGGUCCCUGUGCUCCCUCUUUCCUGACCACCACGUGGAAAAGUAUUUUGACCAGGUGGACAUCUCCACUGGUUUGCACUGGCCCCUGGACCACAAAAUCUUCUAUUGCAUUGACAGCCUGUUCUACUCCGUGGAUGCCUUUGACUAUGACCUGCAGACAGGAAAGAUCCGUAGGGUGGCCUCGGUAAUACACAAUAGAUCAGAGUUCUGGCACGCCGUCUCUUUCUCUCCAAGAGAACAGCUGAGACUAUGGGAGGAGGGUAAUUUACAUGGCAUCACCGCAAACUAA